AAUAGCAAGAAUUAACUAAGUAAAUGGCAAUCUAGGAUAUAUUGAUGUUAUGUUGAUCUGCCCAUCACUAAAUGCUUGUAAAUGCAUUUUCACACUGUUAAUUAGAGUGUAUUAACACCUUAACUAUGAUUAAUAACCUUAUACUUCUGAAAUAGUAUUUAGCCAACCUUGCAUGCAAAAGAUAUACGAGUCGGUAUACGUAUCGCAUGCAAAUGAAUACUUAUGGAUUGAUGGGCGGUGUGUGGUGCAGUGGGUUGUUCGUUGGCGUUCGGAUCAGGGGGUCACAGGUUCAAACCCCACUGCAGUCAGCAUGUCGUUGUGUCCCUGGGCAAGACACUUCACCCCAAAUUGCUCCUGUGGGGAUUGCCCACAGUCCUCCAUUGCAAUCUUUAACAAAGCUUUCACAUGAGCAAAAUCAGUUAAGUGUUUGUAAAUGUGUUUGUAGUAUUUUGUGGUAUACAGGAAAUAGUUAUUUUAUAGGAUUUGUUGACAUUCACAUUCCCUAUCCUAUCCCAUUUGGGAGCUAACAAGUACAUACAGUACAGGUCAUCUACUUCAGGUCACUUGGCUUUAGAGUAGCUGAGAAUGAAAACUAUUGUAAUGUUGUGGAAGGUCAUCGCAGUUCCACUUUUCCAUCCGUUGGCUGUAGCUGUCUGUAGCUCUGACAAAUGUUCCUUUACUGAGAAAUGUUUUUUACUGAGUCAGGCUCAUUGUCCACGGUCCAGUAUCAGGAUAUUUCCAUGUCUGUAUUUAGCUCUAUCACCAGGAUGUGGUGGGAGAGAGGAAGAGUUCAGAGCACACCCACAGAGACUAGUGAAGGUGUGUUUUGGGCAGCGAUCUGAAACAAAGGGAACCACAGUAGAGAAAACAAGAAGAGACAAAGAGGGCACUAACCGUCUCUGCCUGUGGUGAAGCUGUCAGGAAAAAGGUUUUACCUGAACUCGUUCUUGAGGGCUGUCGGAGGAAUUCUUCUAACACAUUGAGAGUCGCGAGUCUUCUCAAGGAUUACAGACUUUGACGGAGGGCUACGCCGCCUUCCAGGAGGACAGUUCGGCCGACGAAGCGGAGAGCCCGUCCAAGAUGAAGCGCUCCAAGGGAAUCCAUGUGUUCAAGAAACCCAGCUUCUCCAAGAAGAAGGAGAAGGAGUUCAAGGUGAAGGAGAAGGAAAAGGAGAAGGAGAAAGAGAAGGAGAAGGAAAAGGAGAAAGAAAAGGAAAAGGAAAAGGCGCCGAAGGAAGACAAAGCCGCCAAAGAUAAGAAAUCAAAGGAUCUGACGGCAGCCGACGUGGUUAAACAAUGGAAGGAGAAGAAGAAGAAGAAGAAACCAACAACAGAGGCAGAGCCCGUCCCGGUGGAGGUCCCCACCUUCAGGCCCAUCUUUGGAGCGCCUCUCACUGAAGCCGUGAAGAGGACGGCUCUGUACGACGGCCUCCAUCUGCCCGCCGUCUUCAGAGAGUGUGUGGACUAUAUCGAGAGUUACGGCAUGAAGUGUGAAGGCAUCUACCGAGUUUCAGGUAUGAAGUCCAAGGUGGAUGAGUUGAAAGCAGCGUACGACCGGGAGGAGUGCCCCUGCCUGGAGGAGUACGACCCGCACACGGUGGCCAGCCUCCUGAAGCAGUACCUGCGCGAGCUGCCGGAGAACCUGUUGGGUCGGGACCUGGCGCAGCGCUUCGAGGACGCCUGCGGUCGGCAGGUGGAGGCCGAGAAGAUGGCGGAGUUUCACAGGCUGCUGGCCGAAGUGUCGCCGGAGAGCCGACUUCUCCUCUCCUGGCUCGUCACGCACAUGGACCACGUCAUCACCCGGGAGCUGGACACCAAGAUGAAUAUUCAGAACAUCUCCAUCGUCCUCAACCCAACCAUACAGAUCGGGAACCGUGUUCUCUACAUGUUCUUCACACACGUGAGGGAGCUGUUUGGAGACGUGGUCCUGAAGCCGGUGGUGCGGCCGCUCCGCUGGUCCAACAUGGCCACCAUGCCGGCGCUGCCCGAGACCCAGGAGAGCGUCAAGGAGGAGAUCCGACGCCAGGAGUUCCUGCUGAACUGCCUGCACAGGGACCUGCAGGCGGGGGUGAAGGACUUGUCCAAAGAGGAGCGGCUCUGGGAGGUGCAGAGAAUCCUGACUGCUCUGAAACGCAAACUGAGGGAGGCCAAACGCCAGGAGUGUGAGACUAAGAUCGCCCAGGAGAUAGCAAGCCUCUCAAAGGAAGAUGUUUCAAAAGAGGAAAUGACCGAGAAUGAGGAGGAAGUCAUCAACCUCCUCUUAGCACAGGAAAACGAGAUCCUGACGGAGCAGGAGGAGCUGAUCUCUCUGGAGCAGGUGCUGCGCAGACAGAUUGCCACGGAGAAGGAGGAAAUCGAGAGACUGCGGGCAGAGAUUGCAGACAUACAGAGUCGGCAGCAGGGGCGCAGUGAGACAGAGGAGUAUUCGUCGGACAGUGAAAGCGAGAGUGAAGAUGAGGAAGAGCUGCAGAUGAUCCUGGAAGACCUGCAGAAGCAAAACGAGGAACUGGAGAACAAAAACACUCACCUGAACCAGGCCAUCCACGAGGAGCAGGAAGCCAUCUUGGAGCUCCGCGUGCAGCUCCGCCUGAUGCAGAGCCACAAGCUGCAGCAGGAGCUGACCGUCCAGCCGCCGGCAGAGCAACCCCCGCCCGCUCAGCCCAGCCCAGAGCCCCGCGCAGAGGAGCAAACCAAGCGCUCCGUUGUUGCCGUUGUCGCUGGCGCAGAAGUUGCUGCCUCAGCCAAUGGCAAAGCAGCAGCUAAGGAUCCUUCAAAACCCUCACCGAACAAAGACAGGAGGGACACCAACAUGUGAGACGUGUUGGUGCUGCUGUACGUCUCUGGUCAGUUGUCCUGUAGAGUCACUGGAGUCUCACUUUGCUGGAGUUCAUCAGUAAUAGUGUCCACCAAGUGGCUGGUAUGUCUAAGGCGUCCUGACUCUUUAAGCAGAAAUCACACAACUUGUUUUCCCUUUUUUUCCCAUGCAAACACAAAUGAUAAUAAUACAAAUUAGUCGACAAGUGGCUUCUAUUGCGAAAGACCAGGUGGAGCGAAUCAAAUCCACAGUGCCAAGCCUGUAUGAAGAAAGGAGAAAUGAAGGGAUUCAUAAGUAAGGUAGGGGAAGGAAGAAAGUCAGGCACCUUGCCAGUAUCAGACAUAACAUUUAUUCUUUCCUGGUACGGUCUCAUGAAACAAACAUAGACCAUACCAUAGUCCCUGUAUCUCACUAUGUCCCUCACCUUAAUGCAAAUUAGACAUUAGGAGCGAGACCACUGUGCCAUAACCGAAGAUGCCAGAGAACCACUAAUACAAAAGCUCUUUGAAUAAUGAAGAAUUUAUGAUUGGUCUGUCUAUAUAUUAUAUAUUUAAGUAGUAUUCUGAAGAAUACGAUGACUAUUCGGAAAAUGCAUUGAUUUUAAGUUACAGCUUUUUUUUAGUAAUAUAUGAAUAUGUAAAGAUAUAUCGUAGGUGCUUUCUUUUCUUUGAACGGUAGAUGCACAUAAGCACAGUGGCGUUGUACCUCGCAACUGACCAGUGGAUGAAAACUAUUAAUGGCAAACAAUCGCGCAACUAAAAGAUAAAUCAUCACUGGAAAAUGUAGACAAACAGCUGGAGGCCGCAUUGUUACAGUCACACUUUGCGGUGGUGCGCAAUCAUCUUCUCUGCCUCACUUGCACAAACAAGGUUUAAUAAUGAAACAUCAAAUCUGUAGUGAUGAUUAUUGUCGCCAAAAUGUGUGCAGAGACACGGAGGCUUGUCUAGUUUUGUUCAUUAUUUGUUCAUGUUUUUUUUUUACUUGAUGUUCUGAGUUAUUGUUCAUGGCAUCAGUUGGAAGUGAGUAAAACAAACCCUCAAGAUUACAAGUCAAUCAAUUCAUUUCACAACUGAUCCAUGACUCGCAAAGUACUGUCAUUGAUUCAGUGAUAUUUAAAGCAAAGGCAUGACCUGACUAACUUACCGUUUGUGUAUAUCAUUGUAAGAUUGCAAACAUACUGUAUUUUCAGCUCUUGUGUUUUGUCAUAUGUUAUUUUUCUCGUUAUUAAUUACCUGUAUGGAGUAUGCUAGUGUGAAUGCCCCUGCUUUGGUUGCGGGUAAAUCAAGCAAUCUCAUCUGGACUCAUGAUUCUACGUGUUAUUAAUCCUGUGACUGAAACAAAUACAUGCUAGUUUGGGCUCAGAAGCUUCUCAUGAGGUUAUUUUCAUAUUGUUCCAAGCUUUUUGUAGCUUAUUGUUGCAGACAAAAUAAUGCUGUGAAGAAUAAAAUGUCGAUCUAAUAAAUGUACUGCAAAUUUG